ACUUUUAAAAUACAUACACAGCCUUAUGGCUUGGCCCCCGUUAAUUUUGUGACACACGACUGUACCGAUGGAAAACAAAAAUAGAGGUUGUACGCACUGAAAAAAAAAUAUAUAUAUCCGGACUGUUCCCGUCAAAAUACGAUAUUGGCAGAGACAAAGGCGACUUCUGUUGUGAAUUCGGCUGCGUUGGAACUGAAUAAAAGUGCAAGCAGCGACUUUUGUAGCAAUUCUAAGAAAGGGCUCUUUGCACAUUAACGAGUUACGUUCUUUCUGAUCCCUUAGCGAUGCGUUCACUGACGCUCCGGAACGCAGCCUGCCAAUUUAUGGCAAACACGGCUAAUAUAUAUAUUUAAAAUAGAGCUUUACUUGUGCAUUUUUGAGUGGUGGAGUGACUAUUGCAUGCCAGACAAGUUUUACAUGGAAUGUAGCCAUACUUUGAUUUGAAAUAGGAACACAGCCGAAUGGUGGCGCCCUUGAACUUUCUGAGACGAGUUCACAAUUAGAAAAUAAGACAUUUGAACGUGUGCCGCAAUAAAAACAACCUUUUCGAACUUUGAACUGUCACAAACUAUCAUGACAGCGCCCUCUGCGCCUUCGGUUAUUAAUUCGGCUGCACUGAAAAAGUACAUUUCUUCCAUUUUAAAUUUCAAUUCCACCUUGCGGGACGAGUCUUCUCUCCGUGGAGUCAGUUAACCACUUUCACUUUUGCUUUCCUAUUCUUGCCAAAGGUGCCCAUAGACGACGAAGCCUAUUGAUCAUCAGUGACUUCCACUUUAGCUCCCUUGUUGUUGUUUUUCAUCUACUUUAAUUAGUCUUCGCGACUUAAUUGACACCUGAACGGAGCACGUGAGUUUUUAAAGUCAAGUGUUUUGCGUUCCCUGCUGUUCCAGUUGAAAUGGGCACGCGGGUGGCUCCGAAUGCCACUUUAAAAGAGGCGGAGGAGCUGACGAAAUGUCUGACCGAAGCUCUGAGCGUCGGGGAUGAAGAAGAGGCGGUCGCGCUGACCCGGAAGCUGUGCCGACUCUCUCUGCCGGUGUGCGUAAGCGUUCGAAGCCAGGCCUACCCUCAGGAAUCCAUCAGGUUGGUGGUGGGUGUGGAAGACGCGAAGUCCGACGCCGCCACGUCGGUGAGCGUAAUGGUUUCGUGCGGAAUGACCGUCUCCCAACUCAAAGACAAGAUCAACAAGAUAUAUGGCUUCCACCCGACGCUGCAGCGCUGGGUGAUCGGGAAGCGGUUGGCACGUGACCACGACACGCUGUACAGUCAUGGCAUUCGCAGCGAUGGCGACUGGGCUUUCCUGUUUAUCGUGUCUGCACACGCCGCUCAUUUCACGAGCCGGCAGCAGCGUCUGAACGAAGAGCAGCGUCCCCUUCAGGGCAUCGCGGAAGAGACGAUUAAAGUGAUUCCCAGAGCGAAUGAUGGGAAGAAAUCUCCUUCAGCGUCAUUGCCAACCCAGUUUCCUCCUCAUCCUGGUCCUCCUCCUUCUGCUCCUCCCCCUCCUCCUCAAGCGGAACCUCUCCCGGCUCAGCCGGGCUGGGUGUGUCCAAGUUGUACAUUCAUCAACGAGCCAACUUGUCGCGGAUGCCGGAUGUGCAGCGCGGAGAAGCCAGAGGAUUACCGCGUCCCCGAAGCUCACAAACCUCCUCCUCCUCCUCCUCCUCGUCCCCUUCUUCAUCCUCCCCCUCCUCCUCGAGUUGAACCUCUCCCGCCUCAGCUGGGCUGGAUGUGUCCGACUUGUACGUUCGUCAACGAGCCAACUCGUCCCGGGUGCCGGAUGUGCAGCGCGGAGAGGCCAGAGGAUUACCGCGUCCCCGAAGCUCACCAGCCGGUCGGAGAGGAAGCUGAGCGGCUUGAGAAGGAGAUGAUGGCAGUAUUUUUUUUCGAGGAGGUUGAGAAUCUGAAACGACUGAUAAACUACUCGGAAUUGCGAAAGACCGACGAUCUGAACAUCGUUCCCAAUACCUCAGAGUCUACCUGUCCCAUCUGCUUCUGUGAUCUGGAGCAAGGCAUGGGCAUAGUGCUCAGGGAGUGCCUGCACGCUUUCUGCAGGGAAUGUUUGCGAGGGACCAUCAUGAACUGUGAGGAUGCUGAGGUGUCCUGUCCCGAGCAGUGCGAUAUGAAGCUCGUCGACAGAGAGAUCAAAGCGCUGCUCACGGAACAGGAGUACGAGCGUUUUCUGGAACAACGUCUGAGCGUCGCCGAAAGCCGCCUGCAGUGCACCUUCCACUGUCGCACGGCCGACUGUCGAGGCUGGUGCAUCUAUGAGGACGAAGUCAACGAAUUCCACUGCGAGCUCUGCGGCCGGAUGAACUGCAUUAUCUGCAGGGCCAUUCACGAUAACAUGAAUUGUCAGGAGUAUCAAGAGGACCUCCGCAUCCGGGCACAAAACGACAACGCGGCGCAGCAGACCCAAAAUCUUCUGAAGCUCUUGCUCCAGAGCGGCAAGGCCAUGAAUUGUCCGCAGUGUGACAUAAUCAUCCAGAAGAGAGACGGCUGCGACUGGGUCUGCUGCUCUGUGUGCCGGAUGGAAAUCUGCUGGGUGACCAAACAAGCUCGCUGGGGACCCAACGGAAGAGGAGACACAUCCGGAGGCUGUAAAUGCCGAGUGAAUAAUAAGCCGUGCCAUCCCAACUGCCUCAACUGCCACUGACGUGCUUGUGCUGUUAUGUUAAGGGGGUUUUCGAACUUUUUGGCUCUGGGUAUCCUUUUCCGGGAGAGGAAAUACAAAGACACCCUCAUAAUCUUAAUCCCAAUCCACUACUACUAUAUAUACCUCUGAAUGAUGAUAUUUAUAAUGUACCUCUAUUUUUGAGAAACUACUACGACCUUAUAUCACAUACAAUAGCAUCCACUGACAGUUCUGGGAAUGCAGUCACAAUUUUUUAUAUAUAUAUAAAUGUGUGACGCAGAUAUUUAUGGUAUUUUGAAAACUACCGGUGUACCCCCCGCCCCCCUCUGUAUUGUACUUUUUUUUUUUUUUGUUAAAAAAAAAAUGGAAAAAAAACUGACAUUUUCAGUAAUACUUUGUCUCUCUUGAAUGAAGUCAGAACUUUUGGAUGGUUGCAGAAUCAAUACUUGCACCUUGUUUUGCCAUUUUCGUGUUCUGUGUGCAAUUG